AUGGCUAACUUGAGGACGGCAAUGGACUCAGCAUUCUGGGACCAACCCAUUUCUUCCUCACAAACCCUAGAGGGUUGUGCCUUCUCCGUUCCAGGAGACCCAUUUCCUCUUGAAGCCACUAGAGCCAGUAAAGAUGAUAGAAUUCCACAACUCUCUCUUUUAAGAAAUGGGUUCCCUCUAGGUAUCAUUCCCUCUUACUCGCCUACUUCAACCAAGGACCUUGGCUCUUUCUCUCUCCAUUCUCACUUCCUCAAACUCACCACCUCUAACUAUUGGCUUGGAUUAAUUGGGCAAUUUAGACUAAAGAAGCUGAUUUCUUCUGUUAAAGGAGAAUUUACUAAUGCUGAUGAAUUUGAAUGGCCUCCGUUUAAAGAUGUAGCUAAGCAUGUGAUAGACAAGACACCUUAUUCUCUUGGUUUAUUCUCAAAUUUCCUUGUCUUCUUCAUCUUCUGUGUUGCUAAGCACAGAAAGGCAUGGUGA